CUGGCUUGACUACGGAGAAGCGAAUGACGGCUCACUUGACCGCAGUCUCUGAAGGCUGUUCCAGCGUUACACCAGUGAAAGGAAGGAUCUUACCAAGGAAGGAUCCUUGACUUUGGAAUACGGCCACAGUCUGUACUUUUACAACUCUGUUCAGUCUCGGGGUCCUCCUAACCAUAGACUGUACAUAAAUAACGCUGAGGCUACGCUGAGCUGUUCCGUACUAUAGGAAGACACCACGUUACGUAUUACCAGACAUUCCCCUGCUUCUUCUACACAUCUGAGCAAUAAUGGCAAUGAAACAUGCCAAGCCCAACUUCAGCCAGUCUCAGGUGGUUGAGAUGGUGGAGAGGCUCUUCAGACUGACGCCAUCUGAAAUCCGCUCCCUGCCGAGCUACGACGACCAGAACUUCUAUGUGGCGGCCAUGGAGGGUGGCGAGUACGUCCUGAAGAUAAUGAACUCAGAAGACAGUAAGAAUUCCAGCCUGGUUGAGGUGCAAACAUAUGCCAUGUCCUACCUGCACCAGAAUGGACUUCCAGCUCAAACAGCCCUGCCCAACACCUCAGGACAGCUCCUGAGCCUGGAGGAAACAGAUUGUGGCUAUGGCUGUCAAGAGUACCUGGUGCGACUGCUAACUUAUUUGCCUGGAACCACUAUUUCCAAGGUUCCUCUAACACCACAGUUACUGUAUGAAACCGGCAAGACGGCAGCCAGAAUGGACUUGAUCCUAAAAGAGAUGGAGCAUCAUCAUCUCAGUGAGCUGCAGAGAGAGAACUUCUUAUGGAGUCUGUCAAAUGUUCUCCUCCUGGAGAAGUACAUCCAUGUCUUAGAUGGAGAUCCUCUUAAUAAGGUUGUGAAGUCUGUCCUCCAUCAGUACCAGACCUCUGUGGUCCCUCAGCGCUCCAAUUUCCGCAAAUGCAUUAACCACGGUGACUUCAAUGACCUCAAUGUGCUCGUACAACCCGAUGACAGCGACGGCUACAGGAUUUCUGGCAUCCUUGACUUCGGGGACAUGAACAGUGGCUACUACAUCCAUGAGCUCGCCAUCACGAUCAUGUACAUGAUGACAGAGCAUCCUAAUCCCAUAGAGGUGGGUGGACCUGUCCUCGCAGGCUGGGAAAGUGUCCUUCCCCUCAGCGAGGCAGAGAAAGAGUGUCUCUACGUGCUUGUGCUGUCCCGCUUCUGCCAGUCGUUGGUUAUAGCUCGUUACUCCGUGACCUUGCAUCCGGAGAACGCAGAGUAUCUGAUGAUUACAACCAAGAAGGGCGUCCACAUUCUCCAAAACCUCUGGGAGCUGGGAAAGGAGCAGGUGGAGAAGGUGUGGUUUCAGAGUGCUGCUCAAUUCAGUGACAAAAAGUGAAAAAUAUGUAAAGCGAGCCAGACAAAAUGUUUAAUGCAAACAUGUAAACAGGGUAAUUCCACUGAGCCAUGAAAAUGACAUGCAGACAUUUUGUAAUAGAAUACUGCACUCUGAAUGAUAUUAAUUAUGAUGUAUCAUUUUAACUUUCUCUUAAUCAUGUUUAUAAAAUCCACCAUUUGCUUCCUGCAAUUGCAUGAUUCAUGCAGGUUGGAGGUUGUAUCUUCAUGAAUAAAAUGCUCUUUUGUAUUUCAAAAUAAAUGUCCAAAAUCUAAGAUUGUUAAGGUAGCAAACAACUAUAAACAGGAAGUAGUGGUACUCUAUAGGAGACAUGAAUUGCACUGUAAAAGCAAUAAUAGUGAUCAAAUUGUACAAAGAAAAAGGUAAGCAUUUAUGAAAAAGUACUGUAAAAAGGCCAUGAACCGUCAUGAUUCUGAUGUAAUAACUGCUCAGUUAUGGUUGUCAUAAAUCAUGAGGGUUUAUACAAUCCAGUGGACUUUGUUUACAAGCCAUUUUUUUGGAUGAUACUGUCAUAACUGUGACAUGACACGGUAAUGACACAUAAAUACUAAAAGAAACAUGUCUGUCAUGAUUGAAUAUCUGUCAAAAGCCAUUACUUUUGUGCCUUCUUUAUCUCGUGCACUAGUCGACCCAAAAUGCCACCAUGAUGCCGAAUCCCCAGCCAGUAAUACCACUCAAUCAUCUUUAGGUGUAUUUUGAGUGAUUCUUUUGAUCUAUUGCCUCUCAGGCGCCAUAUUUGUUGUUUGUAUG